AUGCCUCGUGUUGACAUAUCCUCCAAACUAUGGGCCACGCCCAACCCUGACCGUGUAUAUGUCGUGCGACCUGUUUGGGUACAUUAUGGUCAUCCGGAUCUGGAAAAGAAUCAUCAAUUCUUGCUCGAUUUCGGCUUUGAGGAAACCUACCGCACAUCUUCCCCCGAGCGCAUAUUUUACAAGGGGUACAAUGACCAGCCUAUAACUUAUAUCUCUGAAAGAACCACCACCCCCCAAUUCUUCGGUGGCUCCCUUGAAGCAGCUUCUGCGGACGAUCUCCUGCGGGCUUCGAAACUCCCGGGGGCUGGUCCAGUGCGUGACUCGGAAUUCCCCGGAGGUGGCAGGAUUGUUAGUAUCACUGACCCUGAAGGGGUUCCAAUCAACAUCGUUUAUGGGUAUCAGACGGUUGAGCGUGGUAUGGCGCCUGUGUCAGUUGGGCCAUUCAACCUUGCUCAACAAUCAGAUGACACCAAACCCAGACUUGGCACUUUUCAGCGGAUUAAGGCAGGUCCCGCGCCUAUCCACAAAUUAGGCCAUUUUGGCCAUAAGGCCAGCAAUAUAGCGGCAAUUAGCGCUUGGUACAUGACUCAUUUCAACCUUCGCGGUGUCGAUAUACAAGGGGAUCCAUACAACCCCCACGAAGACAUGGCCGUAUUCUACAACAUCGAUUUAGGGAAGCAUUAUAGUGACCACCACGCAUUCUUUCACUUUGCCUUCUUCCCAGGUCAGAAGUUUCCCGGCCCUCAUCACGCAUCUUUUGAGGUUCACGACCUCGACGUCCAACAGAUCGGUCAUUAUCAUUUGCUUCGGCGGAAGUGGUCGCUGAUGUGGGGUCUUGGUCGGCAUCUACUCGGCAGUCAGAUUUUCGACUACUGGUAUGACCCGGAUGGUUUUACCAUCGAGCACUACACGGACGGCGACGUCGUGAAUGAGGAUAACCAACCUGAGAGACAUAUUGUCGAGAGAUUAGAAGAGUACACUAUCUGGGGUGGCCAAAUCAACUUCAAGGGUGCGUAUGAGGGUGACUCCCGACCGACCCGCCUACAUGACGAGGAGUGA